AUGCAUAGAAGCAGCAGGAUGAGAGCUGGCUGGAUGAAAGGAUCAUUUCUCACCUUGGCCGGGAUUUUCGCUCUGUUAUACGUCAGGUCCAUGAAGAGAGAGAUCAAUACCCACUCAGAGAGAAUCCAGAUAAACCACCAAAAUGACUCCAUUAGGGGUCAGGGGAUACUCAGGAAGAUGGAGAACAUGGAAGCUGACAUUGGGAAGCUGCUGACUCUUAUGGAUAAAAUAGAAAAGAAGGAAAAAGUGGCAGAGAAGGACACAGAGGUCAAGAAAGAGGAGAAGAAGGUGGUGAGGAAACUGUACCCGAAUUCAUAUCUGUUCACAAAGUGGGGCAAUGACCUGUCGGAGGAGGAGCAGAUGGAGGCAGAGAAGCUGUUCCAGAGUUACGGCUACAACGUGUUCCUCAGUGACCGACUGCCUCUAAACAGAGUGAUCCCCGACACCAGGCCCAAAAGGUGUGCUGAGAAAAAGUAUCCCAAGGAUCUUCCCAGCAUCAGCGUUAUCUUAAUCUACCUGAACGAGGCUCUGUCCAUCAUCAAAAGGGCAAUCCGCAGCAUCAUAGACAGGACGCCAGCUCAGCUGCUCACAGAGAUCAUACUGGUGGACGACCACAGCAGUAAUGAGAAUUUGAUGGAAAAACUGGACCAGUACAUCUACUCCAUCCACAAGGAGCGUCCAGGCCUGGUGAAGAGAGUCCGGCACUCGGAGCAGCUCGGCCUCACGCAGGCAAGGCUGUCCGGAUGGAAGGUUGCUGUAGGGGAUGUAAUAGCCAUCUUGGAUGCUCACAUUGAAGUCCAUGUGCAAUGGGCAGAGCCAUUGCUGGCUCGAAUUCAGGAGGAUCGCACUCUCGUACUGUCUCCAGUGUUUGACAAAGUCAGUUAUGAUGACUUGACACUGAGUCCAUACACGACAUAUGCACAAGCCUUUGAUUGGGCUCUGUGGUGCAUGUACGAAAACUUCGGGCCUGAGUGGUCGGCUUUAAAAGAUGACUCACAACCUGGAAAGAGUCCCUCCAUCAUGGGGAUUGUUGUUGCUGAUCGCAAGUUCUUCGGAGAGAUCGGAAGCCUUGAUGGUGGAAUGAAAAUAUAUGGUGGGGAAAAUGUGGAGCUGGGCAUCAGGGUAUGGCUUUGUGGCGGUAGCAUAGAAAUUAUACCUUGCUCCAAAGUUGCUCACAUCGAACGGGCAGUAAAGCCUUACCUCCCUGAUCUUGGUCCAAUGGUGAAACGCAAUGCACUGAGGGUGGCGGAGGUGUGGAUGGAUGAAUACAAACAUAAUGUUAACCUUGUCUGGAACAUUCCUGUGAAGGAUCACGGGAUCGAUAUUGGGGAUGUGACCGAGAGGAAAAAGCUGAGAGAGAAGCUGAACUGCAAGCCCUUUAAGUGGUAUCUGGAUAAUGUUUACCCCAUGCUGGAUCCUUUGCUGGGUGUGAUAGCUUAUGGAGUGAUGAAGAAUGAAUUGAAGCCUGAUUGCUGUAUCGACCAAGGCCCAGUGCCGGGACACACACCCAUUCUGUAUCCGUGCAACUAUUACUCCCCUCAGCUCUGUUACUAUCGCGCUGAUGGACAACUCUACAUUGGUGUUAUCAAAUCUCACAAGUACAACAGCAACCGCUGUCUGGCGGAUCCAGACACUGGACUCGAACCGGGCCUGUAUGAAUGCAAAACAGCUCUAAACAAGCAGUACAACAUGCUGUGGGAUUUUAAACAGGGUGGACAAAUCCAAAACAAAGCAACAAAGAGAUGCGUUGAAGUGGCGAAGGGUGAAGACGGCUUUCACAGACUUGUUGUUCAGCAAUGCACUGGUCAGGUCUGGAAAAUACAACAUCUAGUCAAGGAAACCUGAGAGACCGGAAGGGAGAAGACAAGACAACUCACGAACCAAAGAUCAAGAAUGGCUGCUCGACUUUGAGACAAGUUUAGUAUUUUGUUCUGGACAACGUGGCAGUUCAAGGAUAGGAGAGAAGUUGGGAGCUGGAUCCUUCAGUUUGAUUCAAUCUUAUUCUCAGUCAUCAUCUUGUCAGCCUUUUCCCCACAAGGUUCAAUGAAGAGUUGAAAUAAAGACUGCUCAUGAUCUGUA